AUGUCCCACCACGACGAACACCUCUCUGAAAAUGUCAGCAUUGUUCAACCUCCUGUUAACUUCUUCAAAAAGCGUCCAGAUGGUCUAGAACCCUACAUCAAAUCCUUCGAAGAAUACCAAACUCUAUACCAACAAUCAAUCAGAGAACCAAACAAAUUCUACUCUGAACAAGCAAGAGAACACUUGACUUGGUUCAAAGACUUUGACAUUGCUAAAUGGCCUGAGCAUGGUUUUGAAAACUCCUGGUUUGUUAAUGGUGAACUCAAUGCUUCCUACAACUGUGUUGAUCGUCAUGCCUUUAAGAACCCUGACAAACCUGCCAUUAUCUACGAAGGUGAUGAACCAGGCACUGGCAGAACUGUCACCUACGGUGAACUAUUGGAACUAACUUGUCGUGCUGCCCAAAUCCUUAUCAACAUCGGUAUCAAAAAGGGCGACACUGUCGCUGUCUACUUGCCAAUGGUCCCUGAAACUAUCGCUACUAUCAUGGCCAUCAACAGAAUCGGUGCAAUCCACUCUGUCGUUUUUGCUGGUUUCUCUGCUACUGCCUUAAGAGACCGUAUCAAUGAUGCCAAAUCCACUGUUGUUUUCACUGCUGAUCAAUCUGUUAGAGGUGGAAGAGCCGUUGAAACAAAAAGAAUUGUUGACCAAGCUAUCAAAGAAUGUCCCCAAGUCAAAAACGUUGUUGUCUUCAAAAGAACUGGCGACAAAUCUGUUCCUUUCGAUCCAAAAAUCGAUUUAUGGUGGCACGAAGAAAUCAUCAAGUACAAGCCUUAUGUCCCUCCAGUAGCUGUCAACUCUGAAGAUCCUCUCUACUUGUUAUACACUUCUGGUUCUACUGGUAAACCAAAGGGUCUUGUCCACACCACUGCUGGUUACUUGGUCAAUGCUGUCAUCAGUGCUAAAUACGUUUUUGAUAUCCACCCAGAAGACACUGUCUUUACUGCUGCUGAUAUCGGUUGGGUUUUGGGUCACACAUAUGUCGCCUAUGCUCCUCUAGCUAUUGGUGCCACUACUGUUAUGUACGAAGGUACUCCUGUUUACCCAACUCCAACAAGAUUCUGGGAUAUUAUCGAUGACUACAAAUGUACCCAAUUCUAUGUUGCUCCAACUGCUUUACGUUUGCUAAAAAGAGCCGGCGACCACCACAUUGCUCCUUAUGAUUUAUCUACAUUGCGUGCCUUGGGUACUGUUGGUGAACCAAUUGCUCCUGAUGUCUGGGAAUGGUACUACGAAACCAUCUCAAGAAAGAAAGCCUCAAUCUUAGAUACCUUCUGGCAAACCGAAACCGGUGGUCCAGUUCUUGGUCCUCUUGCUGGUGUUACUCCUUUGAAACCUGGUUCUUGUUCCUUCCCAUUCUUUGGUGUUGAAUGUGCCAUUUUAGAUCCUCAAAGUGGUGAGGAAUUAACAGGCAAUGAAGUUGAAGGUAUUCUCGCCUUCAAAACAUCCUGGCCAUCAAUUGCUAGAACUGUCUGGAAAGAUUAUAACAGAUACUUGGAAACUUACUUCAAACCUUUCCCAGGCUACUUCUUUACAGGUGAUGGUGCCGCUAGAGACAAAGAUGGCUUCUUCUGGAUCUUGGGUAGAGUUGAUGAUGUCGUUAACGUCUCAGGCCAUCGUCUUUCAACUGCUGAAAUCGAAGCUGCUAUCUUAGAAAACCCAGCUGUAGCUGAAAGUGCAGCUGUUGGUAUUCCAAACGAUUUAACUGGUCAAGCUGUUAUCAGUUUUGUUUCAUUAAAAGCCGGUGUCACUCCAGAACAAAUUGAAAAGACUAAAUUGGAAAUGAGAAUGACUGUUAGAAAAGAAAUUGGUCCAUUUGCUGCUCCAAAGGAAAUCUUCAUUGUUGAUGAUUUGCCAAAGACCAGAUCUGGUAAAAUCAUGAGAAGAAUCUUAAGAAAAAUCUUGGUUGGCGAAGAAGAUCAAUUAGGUGAUGUCAGUACUUUAAGCAACCCACAAUGUGUUGAUGAUUUGAUCAACCUUGUCAAAACCACUUACAGAAACAAAUAA